AGUACACACAAAGUUGCACACAUCAUCAUCAGUAUGAAGACUGUACUUUUGUUAAUUUCCCUAUGGGCUUUAACAUAUGCUCACCCCGUGCCCAACCAUCCAAAUGUUCAUGAUGGCAGCUCUAAGGAAUGGAAGGUUGAUUCAUCUGAGAUAUCAGCUGCCCUCAGGUAUGCAACAAGUGAAGAAAGUAUGAAUGAGGUAGAAGAUCCUGCUGACAAGGAUGGUGAAGACACUGACAGCAGCCCUUAUGACAGUACAAAAACUGAAGGAAGGGACUCUAUUGCUGAUGAACAUGAUGACAUUUUACAUGAGACCAAUGAAGGCAAUAACUACCCUGUUGGAGUUUCUAGCCAUAGUAAUGAACAUCAUACUGAAGACCUCAGUGGAAAUGAUGUUGAUGAAAGUAUCGCUCAGGACAAUGAUGAUGACGACAAUAGUGUCAGAAUUAAGCAGGCUCAACAUAAAAAUUGGGUCUAUCAAAAAGAUUCUGUGGCCCUGGAAGAGCUAAAUGAACAUUCUCUGGAGGAUGUCAGUGAGUUCCAUGACCAUGAAGAUCAUCAUACGGGUGACAGUCAAAAACCAAAACAACAUUAUAACACUGAAGACAAUGGACCCCUUUACAAAACCAAGAGAUUCUACUCUCAGAAGUUCAAUAAGGAAAUAAAUGAUCUGAUAGAUGAGGAGGAUGACAGUGGAGAUGACACCUUUGAUGAGAAUCAAGGAGAUACAAAUGGAAAAGAUCCUAGUUACACUGUUAAUCCCAGUGGAGUAGAUGAGUAUACUGCAUUUGAUAGUGGAGUUCAUCACAGAGGCCAUGGAGAUACUGCCGUUAGGAAAAAAGACAGUGACAGCAGCAGCAGCAGCAGCAGGGGGGGGACCAGCAGCGAAAGCAGAGGCCUUGACAGUAGAGAGUAUAGAAAUCACAUUGUUAGCAGGUAUGACCGAAGCUUAGGAAAUAUCAGUUACAGUGCCAGAACUAGCCACAAGGAGAGCUAUGAUUUUGAUGAUGAAGGAAUGCAAGGGGAUGACCCAUCCAUAUUUGAGAGUGAGGGUGGCAAGUCCAAAAUGACCCGCAGUGCCAUUCAUUCCAAAGAGAGCAGUCAAGAGAGCAGUAGGGAGCCCCGCAAAGCUAAGCUGAAUGGCAUUAGUAAAUCAGUGGAGCACUCCAACAGCCAUAAGUUCCAAAAUGAUGGUAAUAACUCAGGAGAGGAUGACAGUAUAGAGCAGGAUAAUAGCCAAUCCAUGGAAGCAGAUGAAGCCAAAUCCGGAAAGGACAGCCAGUCUGCAGAAGACAGCAGUCAUUCUGAAGAGAGUGUUGCCAGUCACUCGAGGAAAGAUGUCAGUCGCUCAAGGGAAGACGUCGCCAGCCAAUCAAGUGAAGAGAGCAGCGAAUCCCAUGAAGAAAAUGAGAAAAUCUCCAAGGAAAUGAAGAGCAAAUCAAAUGAAUAUAGCGGUAGCAAAUCUAAAGACAGAGACUUCUAUGAGGAUGACAGCAAGCCAGUGUCAAUUGACAGUGAAUCUGCAGAAGACCAGGGAGAUAAAAGCAAAUCACGAGAGAAGAGCAAAUCCACAGAGGACAGCAUGGAGUCAGAAGAGGACAAGAAUGACUCCAUUUCUGUUGACAGCAGACUAUCGCACAGUAAAUCAGAUGAGAGCAAAAGCAUAUCACGAGAGUUAGUUGGCAGUGAAUCACAUGAAGAUGACAGGUCUGAAGAGGUGCGAGGCCAAGAUAGCAAAUCUGCAGAAACCUAUGACAGUGGAUCCAAAGAAGAGGAGCACAGUCACUCUAGAGAAAUGGACAGCUACAGUCACUCUAGAGAAAGAGACAGUCAUUCUCGAGAGGAUGCUACAAACAAAUCAACCAGUCAUGAGGAUGACAGCUUACCCAGGAGCAUUGAAAUGGAAAACAGAAAGCUAAUGCUUGAUGUCUAUCACAACAAACCCAUUGGUGAUUAUGAUGACAAUGAUUGUCAGGAUGGUUAUUAAAACAGUUAGCAACAAAUCAACUAUAUGCAGGACUUUUGUGUGAAGAAUGAUUACCUUUUAAUUUAUUUACCACAUACACAGUAUAAGUCCAGCUGUUCCUAUUCAGAACUUCAACUGGGGCUUGCUCAAUAUGAAGUAAAAUGAUACUAAGAUGGUGCUUUAAAUAGGAAAACUGAGUGAGAAACUGAUCUGCCAUACAUGGAACCUGAAUUAAUACAAAAAAGGGAAAGUACAAUAUUAACUAGUAAUUAUAUAUGAAUGUUAAAAUCUGGUAUUUUCUGGAGAGAGUAGGGGGGGAAAAGAUGGCACACUAAUAGGCUCGUGUUCUUUUAUAAUUUGUUGUUUAAAUUUUCACUAGCAUUGUUAGGAAAUACUUUGAGCAUUAAGGACAGAAUGAAGCCUUAAUUUUAUUGCCUAAAUAUUUGUAUCUUGAACAUCCUUAAAUUCAUUUGUCUACCAUCCAAAGGGAAUUCUAAUUGAAAUAAAAAGCAAGGCAGAUAGUCACUGUAUGUACCCUGUUUAUGGACUCAAACUUUGUUAUACAAUGGAUGAAGUACCACUUUGAUAUUGGAUGCAAGUAAUAUUUUGUAAUAAAAUGUACA